CCAGCUCAGCGCAAGAUGGCGGCGGGCGCCUCCGACCCCCUGGAAGAGAUGCUGCUCUUCUCCGAUGAGGUGGACGAGAAGGCGGUCAGCGACCUGGUGGGCUCCUUGGAAUCGCAGCUGGCCGCCGGGCGGAGCUCGGCCGAGGCGCCCCAGCCCAGGACCUCCGCCCCGUCCCAGCCGCCGCCGCGCCAGGGCAGCCCGGUCCCGCCGCCGCCGCCGCCGGGGCGCCCCGCGCCGCCCCCGGCUCCCGAGCCGGCGUCGGGCGGCCCCGCGGAGCCCCGAGCCCCGGCGGCGGCGGGCGCGGGGCGGGCAGCGAGUGUAAACAGUAGUAGCGUGCAGCAAUCACUCCCGCGCGCCCCCAGCCCCGCCGCGCCCCCCGCCCGGCCCCUCCACGUGCCCGCCCGCGACGCCGCCAGCCCCGGCGGCAGCCCGCCCGCCGCCGCCGCCCCCGCCCCGCCGCAGCGCGCCCAGCCCGCGGGCAGCGCCAACGGCGACCCCGCCGACGCCUCCCCGGCCGCGGCCGUGCGAGCCGCCGACCCGCAGCCCAAGCUCCCCGCCCUGGGCGGCUCCGCCAGCCCCGCGCCCGCCGCCGCGCCGGGACCGGCCGCGCUCGCCAACGGCGCCGCGGCCAAAGCGGCGGCGGGCGGCGCCUCCAAGCCGGGCGGCGCCCUCCCCGCCGCCCCCCAGGCUCUGUCGCCCCGGCCCGCGCCGCCCGCCCCGCGCCUGGUGGCCCCGCAGCUGAUCGUCCGGCCGCCCCAGCAAACCACCAUCCAGCUGCCCCCCGGCUUCACCAUCCCGCCCGGCAUGGUCUUGGUGCGCACGGACACCGGACAGCUUGUCAUGGUGCCUCAACAGGCUCUAGCGCAGGCGCAGAUGCAGGCUCAAGUGCAAACGCAGGGACAGGGUCCCACCAGCAUUUCACCGAGACUUUCAGUGCCCACAACUGGCCCUGUGUUUCGCCUGUCAACAGCUCAGCAACCAACGUCUGUAGCCACAUCUACUGUCCGCCUGGGACUCCCAGUGCAAGCCAAAGUUGUUCAGUCAACUGCUGCCCCUGUCAGCGCGACGUCUGCAGUGACCCUGCCAGGAGGCUCUAUUCUUUCACACACAACCGUAUCAGUAGCUACAACGAGUGCUCAAAAUCUAUUCAAGACAACAGUAGCAACUGGAACAGCAGCUUCUCAACAGCCUGCAGUAAUUACUGGUGGACAAACUCAAUCUUCAGCACAAAACCAGGGUCAGCCUCGGCUGCCGCUUCCCCCUCACACAGCAGCGCAAGUACCAGCACAGCCCCAGGUCAUACCGAGCUCUCCCGUACCCGGCACUACAGUUGUAUCACAGGAAAUGCAAGAGAAUGUGAAAAAAUGCAAAAACUUUUUAGCUACCCUUAUAAAACUUGCUUCUCAUAAUUCACCAUCUCCAGAAACGUCCCGUAAUGUGAAAGCUCUGGUUCAAGAUUUGUUGGAUGCAAAGAUUGAUCCGGAAGAAUUUACAGGCCGCCUUCAAUCGGAACUCAAAUCAUCUCCUCAGCCAUAUCUUGUACCUUUCCUUAAGAAAAGUCUACCUGCAUUGAGACAAUCGUUGCUGAAUAGUCAGCAUUCAGUUUUGCAAGGACAGCCGCCUCAGCAGUCACUUCAGCAAACCAAGCUCUCACAAGUUAUACCUCAAUCUGCCUCUGGAAGCAUUUCCUCUGUUGUCACAACGCAGACAAUAGGAAUAAGGCAACCAAACAACAUUUGCACAGUGUCUGUAUCAAAUACAGUGCAACCUCCUCAGGUUAAGGUGGUACAGUCAAAUCAGAGUUCUCAACUGCAGAUUAUCCAGUCAACAUCUGCUCAAACUGUGAAACGAAACCCUGCUUGCCAGACUACCCAGAUUAGGAUGCCAGUGGUAAUAACUCAGACCAUUAGACCACAAGGCACAGUAGGGAAGGCACCAACAAUACAAGCCAGCAAAAGUCCUGGGGGCUUUGGUGUUCAGGUCUCUGCAAAUCAGAAAAACAAGCUGAAUGACCCUGGAGGUGGUUCUUUCAGAGAUGAUGACGACAUCAAUGAUGUUACCUCUAUGGCUGGCGUUAAUCUUAAUGAAGAAAGUGCCCGGAUUAUGGCUACCAACUCUGAUUUGGUUGGAACCCAGAUACAGUCCUGUAAAGAUGAACCCUUUCUUGCUGCUGUACCUCUACAUAAACGCAUACUUGAAAUGGCUAAAAAACUAGGAAUUACUGAUGUGCCAGCUGAGGUCGUUACUUUUAUUUCCCAUGCAACACAAAACAGAUUAAGAACAGUGAUAGAAAAAGUAACGGUGAUAACCCAGCACCGAAUGGAAUCGUACAAAGAUGAUGAAUGGUACGAACAAGCUACAGAUGUCCGAUCCCAGCUGAAGUUUUUUGAACAGCUGGAGCGCUUAGAAAAGCAAAGGAAAGAUGAACAAGAGAGGGAAAUCUUGCUAAAGGCUGCCAAGAGUCGCUCGAGGCAAGAAGACCCGGAGCAAGCUAGGCUGAAACAAAAAGCAAAGGAGAUGCAGCAACAAGAACUUGCACAAAUGAGGCAGAGGGAUGCCAAUCUAACUGCGUUGGCAGCUAUCGGUCCCCGGAAGAAACGGAAGCUUGACUCGCCUGGACUGCUUUCUGCAGGAGGAGAGGGCCUCGGCGUGUCCGGCGGGGGCCAGGCCGGCCUGGGGGCUCCUUCAUCCAGGCAGUACGCACGGCAGAAAAUAACGCGCGUAAACCUCAGGGACUUCAUCUUCUACAUGGAACAGGAGAGAGAAACGAGCCAUUCUCUCCUGCUCUAUCGAGCUCUGCUUAAAUAAAG